CCAGAAGAUGAUAGACAGGAAGGCCUGGAGGAACGUUGACCCAUGUUGUCCAUGGGUCGCAAUGGGUCAGACAUGACUUCCCAACUAACAGCAACAAUUUUUCUUUUGUUCAGAGUUGAAGAUAAGCUCACCCAAUGAAGACUUUUCAACGGUCCUUCUGUGAUUUUUCCUACCUAAGUGCAGGACCUUCCUUUCCUCACCACUGAGCUGCAUCUUGAGGAACCCCCAUUGCAUAGUUUUCUCCAUGUAGGUGCAGGCCCCUUUAAGGGCCAGAGGAUGAGUGCAGCUGGUCAGUCAACUGCAGGGUCAUCAGGUGGUUGCACUGUCUGUCCCACAUUGUCCUAUCUUACCAAGACAUAGGCUGUGGUCUACUUCAUCAAGUCCCAUACUAAAAUCUAACUAUACUACAUUCACAGCAUUUUCUCGGUCCACUAAUUUACUCACAGUAAGAUUGAUACUGGAGAUGGAGGCUUCCCUUCUCAGACCUGGAAGGCUAUGAUGACAAAACAGGAAAGUUUUUCUUGCCAGCUCUAAGAAAUCCAUGUUUCUCUGCUGUCCAUUAAGGCAGUGUGAUUGACCGCAUCAUGGGUUGGCAUUACAUCAUUGUUUAUGCUAAAACAUCAGGUGGCUUGUGACCAAUGGGAUGCAGGAAGAAUGGGACUGAGGUUCAGACCCCCAGCAUUGGUGAAUAUGAAGUCAAACUCUGCCAAGGAAAGUCUCCAACUGCUUGGCAGCUAACACCUUCAGGGAAAACCUUGUGGAGGGACACACCCCACUUCUGGAGAUGGUGUUUUAAGCUAUAAGGUACCCAGGGCCAACUCCGGGCAGCCAUUGCCCAGGCCGGCUGAGCCCCCGCUGUGGCCGGAUCGGGUGCUUCUCCUCCGGCAGGCUUCCCUGCGGGGCCCUCCGGAGACCUGGAAGGCGACCUCCAUGCUCCUGAGCCGACUCGUUCCUUAUUCCGAGGCUCCGCCACUCCGGCCGCUAACGGCUCGUCGCUGGUGAAAUCGCGGCUUUCCGGGCCUGCAACCUGCGACGCCGACGCCGCCUCCACGAUCCUCCUCCACGCCGGGCAAGCGCACAAUCGGGCGGCCCGGCGGCCCCCAGUCCUUGGUAGGGCGGAGCCUUCCUGUUCCGCGGGUGAGUGAGCGGCGGCUGUGCCGGCCAAUGGGCACCCGCGGCCUCCCCCGGGCAGCCUCUCGAGCCGGGCCAAUCGGGAAGGCGCGGCGCCCGGGCUGCAGCGGGCCCUGACGACGUCAUGGCUGCGGCCACUUCUGCGGGUGCCCGAGCGCGGCAGCCCGUCCCGGCGCGGCCUUCUCGGUAUGGGCUGCGCGGCUCUCGGGCGGCUCCAGCUGCUGCUCCAGCUGCUCGCCUGGCUCCGCCUGGGGCCCCCGGCCGCUGGGCUGUUCGUGACCGAUUACUUCACCCGGACGCCUCGCAAGUUGAACGCCUUCCGCUCCUUCACCAGCCUGGAGCUCUUCCAUUUCCGCAUCCCAGAGGACACUGCAGUGGCCGUCUGGAACCUGGUCACCUUCAAAGAGCAGGGCGGCACCCUCGGCGACCGAUGCCCGGACCGGAGCAUCACCGUGUACUUCCGCUCAGGAGCGCCACCAGUCAUUAACCCACUGGGCAUGCACUUCCCCAGGGACACAGCUGUGCCCGGCUCCUUUGCCCUCACGCUCACCUGGACGCUGCCCAACAGGACCACUGGGGUCUUCAACAUCACCAGCCCCCUGCCCGGAGACUGGUUCCUGGCUGCCCAUUUGCCCAGAGAGCAGGGCAAGAUCUCUGUCAAGGGACUUGCAGAGGACUGCCAGUAUCUCUUCCAGCCCCAGCUCAUCGUCCAAAGGCUGGUGGGCAUUGGUGUGCUACACCCAGGCUAUGAGACUGACCACGUCAUCUCCCCCCACACUCGGUCCCUGCUCUACAAGGUCUUCGUUCCCAGCUAUACCUCCAGGGUACUUGUGCAGCUGCGAAACUGUCACAGAGGCAACCAGAGUGCAUCAAGCUGCCCACUGGGGCUGAAAGUGCGUGGCAAGGCCCCCCCUCUGCACAACUCUACAGCCGUGGACUGCCGGGAGCAGCUGCCCUGCCGCCUUGUGCUGGAGCACCCCUUCUGGCAAAACUGGUACUUCAUCCUGGUGGAGAAACUUCUGCCGCUGCCAGACCGGAUGGGUUUUCAGCUGGUGGUGCAGCUGAAGGACUGCUCUCAGACUGGCUUGGGUGAAGCCCAGUUACCUGCCUCCCACCUGAACAUGCCUCACUCCUUUGGCUCCACCGGAGGGCUGGCCCUGGCAGACAUUCUGCCCCCCUCCCUCCCCAGCAGCUUCCAACCCCCAGCCACCCCCACACCCCCCAGGCCUACCAGAGGGGGGGAGCACUGCUGGCCCACCCGGCCCACUCUGCGCAACGAGUUGGACACCUUCUCGGUGCACUUCUACAUCUUCUUUGGGCCCAAUGUGUCGGUGCCCCCUGACCGGCCAGCUGUCUUUGCCAUCAACCUCCUGCCCGUGCUGGACAGCGGAGGGAUCCUCAACCUGGAGCUGAAGCUGAACGUGUCUUCUCUGCGCGGGGAGAAUGCUACCAUCUUUGCGUGUCUGAACCACGAGGUGCCUUUGGCCUCAGAAGGGGACUCCUCAGUGACCUGCCAGACAGAGCUGCUGGCUGGGUUCCUGCUGUCCAUAAAUGCCGCCUCCCCCUUCACCCGACUGCGGAUUCCCUACCCCCAGACGGGCAGCUGGUACCUGAGUCUGCGCUCGCUCUGCACCACAGACCAAAGGCCCUCAUCCUGUGGGAACCUGACCACUGAGGUGUACCUACGUGCCUUCCUCUCCCCCUGCAUCAAUGACUGCGGUCCCUAUGGCCAGUGCAAGCUUCUGCGCACCAACAACUAUCUAUAUGCGGCCUGCGAGUGCAAAGCGGGCUGGAGCGGCUGGGGCUGCACCGACAACGCAGCCGCCUUCUCCUACGGCUUCCAGCUGCUCUCCACCCUCCUCCUGUGCCUGAGCAACCUCAUGUUCGUCCCACCAGUGGCCAUUGCGGUGCGGACCGGCUAUCUGCUGGAGGCAGCCAUCUACAUCUUCACCAUGUUCUUCUCCACAUUCUACCAUGCAUGUGAUCAGCCGGGCAUCGUGGUCUUCUGCAUCAUGGACUAUGACGUGCUGCAGUUCUGCGACUUCUUGGGCUCCCUUAUGUCUGUCUGGGUCACCGUCAUUGCCAUGGCCCGCCUACAGCCUGUCAUCAAACAGGUGCUGUACCUGCUGGGAGCCAUGCUCCUCUCCAUGGCCCUGCAACUGGACCGGCACGGCCUCUGGAACCUGCUGGGGCCCAGCCUCUUCGCUGUGGGUGUCAUGGCCAUUGCUUGGACGGUUCGCAGCAUCCACCGGCGCCAUUGCUACCCUCCCACGUGGCAGCGCUGGACCUUCUACCUGCUGCCCGGGGCCCUGAUUGCCGCCUCAGCCGUGCUGCUCUAUGCUUUCGUGGAGACGGAGGAGAACUACUUCUACAUCCACAGCAUCUGGCACAUGCUGAUCGCCGGCAGCGUGGGCUUCUUACUGCCACCUCGGUCCAAGGCGGAGGCAUCCAGGCUGGCGGGACCCCUGCCUCGCCGGAAGGGUUGCGGCUACCAGCUCUGCAUCAAUGAGCAGGAGGAGCUCGGCCUGGUGGACCCCGGCACUGCUGGCACUGGUGUCUCCAUCACCAGCGUCUGCACCAGCUGAUGCAGAGCAGCGGCCUGGGGGACUUUAGACAGACGGGCGGCCAGGAUGCAGAACCCCCCAGCCGGACCACUCUUGCUUUAGCCUCUGUGCCAACCAUGAAACACUCCCCCUCGGCCCAAGGACCUCCAGUGGCCGGGGGAGGGGAGACUGUCAUGUGCCUACCUGCCCAGGGAUGAUGGAGAAGAGUCUUCCUCCCAGAUCACGAGGCUCCCCCACAACACCCUUCCCUUCUGCUUCCCCAUCCCCCAUAUGCACACACUGCACUGCAAGAUCAUUUCUGGAGGGAGGCGGGACAGCCCUCCACUCCUGCAAGCUGAAGGCCUUCGCAUCCUCAGAGGGGAAGGAAUAAUCAACUGGAGCAAAGCAGCUGCUGCUUCCAGCUUCAGAAGUCUGGGGUGGCCUGCAGAGCUAGAUAGGGAAGCCCAAGCCCUGCCUAGUCUGGCCAAAUCCACAGAGGAAGACUAGGCUGCUGCCAGUGGCCCCCUGCCUGCCUGCGUGUGGGGAACAGUGUCUCCAUUCCAGAUGGCAGGGGAAACCCAUCAUGCACUCCGGCCAAAAGAACAUCAGCACCUCUGAUUUUUGGCUGGGCUGGGGCCCAGGAGGCCCUGAUAAAGUUCCUCGCUUCAGACAUGUUGAGCCAGCAUCUGCUCUCGAGACAGAUAUGCAGAGGGCGAGAUUUCCCCAGAGACCAUCCCUGACCUGCGGAGAGCCGCCCUACUCACUGAGAUCCAGAUGUUGGGCUAGCCAGCUCCUGCCCACACCUGAAAUGUCUCCUGGGCACUCUCCUUUUCCCACCUCCCAGCCAAACCUGACACUUCCCUCCAAGAAACCAGCUCCGACUGCCUGGAGCGGGAGGAGACUUCUAGGCUGGCCAGUCUUUAUCUGGGCAGGGGACCACCAAGUUCCAGGCUUGGCAACUUUUCCAGGCCUUCACGCUGCUGCAGGGGGACAAAAGGGCCACGUCCAGUAUUAACUGUGGCUUCUCUUCCCCUGGAGCCCCACAGGGAGGGGCUGGGAAGGCGCCUCCCCUAGGGGUCAGCGAAGGCCGGAAACCAGGGUGCUUGAUCCUCCUCGGCCUAGAAAGGACUCUACAAAAGAGGGGCUCCGGGGCAGAGGGGGUCCCAGAGGCCCACCAAAAGGUGCCAGCAAAUCUUCAUUUUUAAUGUAGGAAGAAGAAAGUUAGCCAAUACACGAGAGAAAACUUACACUCGCUGUAUUUAAUUUGAAUUAAAUUGAAAUGCACAUCAAA